GUGAAUUUUGUUCCCAAGCAAACAGGAAUGAUGGUGGUGUCCGUGCACGGGCUGAUGAUAUUCGACAAUACGGGAGUUACAGUACUGAAGUACUGUACUGCACAGGCAUUUAUCCGGAUACGACCUUCAAAAAGCUGCCUAAACUAACGUUACAUUUCACAUGUGCUUAAAAUACUUUUAUGAGAUGGUUUGCAACUGUAAAGACAUCUAAACGGAUGAACAGUAACACUCUUGUUUCAACUCAGCAAACAAUUAAGAUGACCUAGUAGUUCGCUUGUGCAAGACAGAUUUGAUAAAUACCUCAUUAUGAAUAAUAACAACUUUCAAGCGCCUGCAAGCUGUGGCGGUUUCGCAGAUAAAGCAGCUAUAGAGAUGGAUGAAGAAGAAGGGCAAAACAACAUUUCACCUGCAAUGACCGACAAUCAAUCUCUAUGUCCUGGGCUGAACAUCACGAAUGAAUCUCAGCAAACACAUUCAGGUGACACCGAUGCCCAGUCCAGCGGGAUCGACUCAACGGAGAGGGAGAACGAUGGACGUUUGGGACAUGGAACCUCAACCUGUAGCUCACUGCACGGAAAAGGCUCAGCCACAGAGACGACGGAAAGCAAGAGCUCAAAUGGAAACAGUCCGUCUCCCCCGAGCAGCUCAGUGUCAUUCAGUCUUUUGAGCGGAAGUUCAGAGCAGGAUCAUUCGACAUCCCAAGCAUCCAACAGUGACCAACCAGCCCGACUUCAGACCCAGAGAGAGCUGCUAAAAGUCCUGCGUGAGCUGAAGAUCCACAUGCCAGCAGAACGGCGCAGGAAAGGCCGAUCUAGCACACUAGCAUCUCUACAGUACGCACUUAGCUGUGUCAAACAAGUCAGAGCUAAUCAAGAGUACUACCAUCAGUGGAGUGUGGAAGAAAGCCAUGGGUGUUGUUUGGACCUGUCAUCAUUUACUAUUGAAGAGCUAGACAACGUUACGUCAGAGUACACCCUUCAAAACACGGACACGUUCUCGGUGGCGGUGUCAUUUCUGUCUGGUAAAGUGGUGUACAUCUCAUCCCAGGCGGCCUCUCUGUUGCGCUGUAAAGCUGAGAGGCUGCAGGGGGCGCUGUUUUCAGAGCUGCUCGCGCCUCAGGACGUCAGCACCUUUUACAGCAGCACUGCUCCCAGCCGUCUACCGCCGUGGUCCUCCUGUGCUGGAACUAGCUCACAGGUGGACUGUGCUGAGGAAAAGUCAAUGUUUUGCCGGAUCAGCAGAGGCAGAGACAGCAAUGGAGAGGUGAAGUAUCACCCCUUCCGUCUCACACCAUAUCAGCUCACUCUGAGAGACUCCGACACGUCCCAGCCUGAGCCCUGCUGCCUGCUCAUCGCAGAGAGAGUUCAUUCUGGAUACGAAGCGCCUCGUAUCCCAGCAGACAAGAGAAUAUUUACCACCAGUCACACCCCGAACUGUCUCUUCCAGGAGAUUGAUGAAAGGGCUGUGCCAUUAUUAGGUUAUCUGCCUCAAGACUUGGUUGGGAAACCGGUGCUUGUUUACCUGCAUCCAGAAGACAGACUGCUCAUGGUGGCCAUUCAUAAGAAAAUUCUUCAGUUUGCCGGACAACCUUUUGAUCACUCGCCCCUGCGUAUGCGUGCAAGAAGUGGUGAAUAUCUGACCAUUGAUACCAGCUGGUCUUCCUUUAUCAACCCAUGGAGCAGGAAGGUGGCUUUCAUAGUGGGACGCCACAAAGUUCGAACGAGUCCGCUAAAUGAGGACGUGUUCACUGCUCCUGAGGGUGAAGAGAUGAAAACCAUGUCUCCAGAUGUACCGCAGCUGAAUGAACUGAUCCACAGGUUCCUGGUUCAGCCCGUUUACGGUGGCAGCUCACAGGGGUACGGCAGCCUGGGCAGUAGUGGCUCACAUGAGCACCAGCAAGGUGCAACUUCCUCCUCUGAGAGUAAUGGACAUACAUCUGAGGACCAGAUCAAGCCCAGGAAACCAAUGACAUUUGAGCAGAUUUGUCAAGACAUGCACAUGGUAAAGACCAGCGGACAGCAAGUUUUCAUUGAAUCACGAAACCGACCACCAGCUCUUAAACAGGGCAGCUUAGAAGCACUGGCAAAGGCAGCAGAUACAGCAGAGGCCUCUGCUAGAGAUGGUCUGGCAAGUUUAGCACUGUCCAGUCCACCCAGGAAGGAGCUGCCUAUGAUCUACUCAUACCAGCAGAUCAACUGCCUGGACAGCAUCGUACGAUAUCUGGAGAGCUUUAAUGUCCCUGGCACUGUGAAGAGGAAGUGUGGCUCUUCCUCUUGUACAACCUCUUCUACCUCUGAUGAUGAUAAACAAAGGGAAGGAGCUGGAGCAACCCAAGCAGAGACUCUUGUGGUGACCGAGGGGUCAAAGGUCGUUCCUGCAGCACCGGCACACCCUCUAACCCCUCUUGCUCUACACUGUAAGGCCGAAAGCGUUGUCUCAGCCACUUCGCAGUGCAGUUUCAGCAGUACUAUUGUUCACGUUGGUGACAAGAAGCCGCCUGAAUCAGACAUUGUAAUGAUGGAGGAGCCACCAACCACCCCAACAGCUUCCACGUCAGCUCCCGCCACCUCUGUUGCCUCUCCCAUACCUGUAAAUCCCCAACCAAUGCCUUCCCCCACUGCAGCUGUGCAUGAGAAAGAAAAGGAGAAAGAGAGGAGAAGUGGAGGAAGCGCAGGGAAGGGUCUCACGAAAGCCGUGUUAUCCGCACAUACUCAACAAGAAGAGCAAGCCUUCCUCAACCGCUUCAGAGACCUCAGCCAGCUGCGGAUGGUCCAACCUAGUGGGCUGCCACCACCACGCAGAUGCACAUCUAUACCUGGAACAAAAGGAGUGAACAGCUCCCAGAACUAUCCUUCUGUAGGCAACACCAGCAGUCGUCGGCAUGGCAGGGGUGGGAAAAGACAGAAACAUCAAGUAGAUGGCAACAUUCCAAACAAUACCCCAAUUUCUGCAUCUGGCCCCUAUAGAGGACCUAAUCCUGCUCAGAUAAGACCCAACUUCCCCUCUGUCCAGCAAUCUUCCAACUCUUGGGCUCCAUCUGCUGCAUCCCAAACCAACGGUGCUCCAGUGGGUACAUCUUUUCCUCCAAGCUACAUGACCAUGUUUCCAACUUCCUCACCAUUCUCAGUAACCCAGAUGGGAACUGAUCCUUCCCUGCAAACAGGAGUCCCUAGAUUUCCAGCGCAAGGCUUUCCUUCAGUGAUGCCACCAGUCAUGACAUUCAUGAUGCCCAACUACAUGUUUCCACAACUCUCUAAUCCAGGAUCACAGUUGAACCCAGCCAACUCCCAGCUCAACGCCCAAAUGAACUCCUUUGGGCAGUUCCCUCCCCCUGUUGUUCAAAUGAGUGUACCAAUGUUCAAUCCUGCAAUGGGGCAAUUUUAUCCUUUGGGCUCCCAAAUGAACCCUGCUAUGCCUGCAAUGAUUCCCCAGCAGUUCUACAACCCAAAUUAUCAGUUAAAUUUUUCCAACUCUCCAUCAAUGCCUGCUGCAAAUGUCAGCACUACACCACAUGGACAGUCUCGCUCCAGCACACCCCAGUCCACUGGGCCACAGGCUGGUGAGAGGGAUGGGGCUGGAUCUCCUUUGUUUCAGUCUCGAUGCUCUUCCCCACUUAAUCUUCUACAACUUGAGGAAUUGCCAAGCAACAGAACGGAUGCUACACAACAGACUCCACCUCCAGGGGGUGGGGCAACACAAGGCGGUGUGGUAGUGGUGCAAAAUUCCAGCAAUCGCAGCAACACUCAAGAUGCCAAACUAAAUGACCAUCCUGAAGUCAGUGAGUCCAACCAGGAUGCGCUGUCAACGUCCAGUGACAUGUUGGACCUACUCCUGCAAGAGGAUUCCCGCUCAGGCACUGGGUCAUCAGGGUCAGGGUCAGGGUCUGGCUCCUUCGCUUCUGGAUCAAAUGGAUGUAGCACAUCUGGAAGUGGCACUAGGAGCAGUAAUACUAGCAAGUACUUUGGAAGCAUAGACUCCUCAGAGAAUGACCAGAAUCACAAACCAGCAUCUGGAGACCUGGGAGGGGAACAGUUUAUCAAAUUUGUCCUGCAGGACCCAAUAUGGCUCCUCAUGGCCAACACAGAUGACAAGAUCAUGAUGACAUACCAGAUUCCUAUCAAAGACAAAGAUUCAGUACUGAAAGAAGACAGAGAUGCCCUGAAAGCUGCUCAGAAGCAUCAGCCUCACUUUACAGAAGAGCAGAAGAAAGAAUUAACUCAGGUUCACCCGUGGAUUCAAACUGGCUGCCUACCAAAAGCCAUUAACGUUACAUCUUGUACAGGAUGUGAAUCUCCCCCAGAUUCCUCCACUCUUCCUCCAUUUGAUUUGGAAUUCCAUGAAAUGGAUCUCAAUGUAGUUUUGAGGGAAGAGGCCAAACAAGAAGAUAAACUUGCAGAAACAGCCUUUCCCUUGAGCCCCCCGUCAUCUGAUAAUGAACAAAGAGACAACCAGGCCAACCUGAGCACAUAGUGGACCAUUACUGAAGUAAAUGCUACAUCAUCAGCAAAAGUGAAGCAGGACCGUAGACUGCUGGACAGUGAUUGGUUGGGCUUCUGCCUCAUUUGUUUUAGGACCAAGUACCCUGUUGAACCUAUGUGGAUGGUUUUAGCUGGUACUUUACUGGUCAUAUGUUGGUCUAAGCAGCAAAGAACCAAAAGAAACCUACCUUACAAUUAUUUGCUGUUUUUUUUUCAACAUUCUUGAGUUUGAGAAGUUUAUGAUGUUGAAUUCACUCAGGUUGAUCAGUAUCAAGGGCAUAUUUUCACAUCCUUCCUUGAAGGUAUGUGUAGCUUCAUAACCAGACUUCUGGUUAGGGACACAUUUGAGUUGUUCAUCUGUUGGACAAGGUGACUGUUUAAGGAAAAGUGUUGUUCCACUAUAUUGUGCUUCCAGGAUCUCAUAAUUAUUCAUGAGCCUGCCUGGCCUUAUCCAAUGACUGGUGCUGUUUCAUAAUUAUUCAUGACACCAUGUGACUGUUUUGUGUUUUAGGCAGUUCAUCAAACUGUGAUGUUUUUUUUUUUUUUUGUUUAGUGUUGAGAAACGAAAACAUAAGUGAGGCACUUAUUUAACAGACACUGUUCCUUUGCCAAUUUCCCAUCCGUUUAACAUCGUUCUUUAAAAUGAUGGACAAGUAGACGGGGAAAAAAAUCCUAGUUUCUCUUACCAGUUACCAGCAACCACACUUUUCUCUCAUGCUUCUUUCCAAGGAUUCAAUUUGUUAAACCUUAACUGACUUGGCAAGAAUAGUUUUUGGCCCCAAACAGAAGGUAAACCUUUUGAAAGGAAAAAAAAAACUGAGAGAUAUAAGAUCUUUAUAAUCUAAUGCAGCCAUAAUUUUGUAUACUAAAAUAUGUUCCCAUGUGAACUUACUCUGA